AUUGUAAUUCUCCGUAACUUGUAUCACAAAAUGCAAUUUAAAAAUGUUAUUGUUGAUAGAUAAUGUUCUGAGACGAACUAAGACUGGCUUCUGUCAACUUUAUUCAGAUCAAUUGUUCAAUUUUCAGGCACACUGAAUCGAAGACAUGCGGACAGGCGUGGGCGCGUUAAGCGUCUUGAUAAUGCUGAUUUCAUCGACGUUUUCACAGGAUGCAGCGUACUCGUUUCGCGAGAGACGUGUUGAACGUAUUGAAGGAAACGUUGCUAAUGUAAAGUCCUUCACGCCAACUACGUACUGCGAGCUAGACUCGAAGAAGAGUCUCAUCUUCCCUCAUCUGCCACAUAAACAACCGAAAAGUGGUUUCAUAUGUGUAGAAGUAGGAUAUCAUGCCGAUCCUCACGACUGUAAGGUAUUCUACAGAUGUGUUGAUUGGGGAUUCGGACUACCUCUGACGCGUUUCACAUUCGAGUGCGCUUUCGGAACAGUAUUCUCGAAGAUGAAAGGUAACAUUUGUACUUUCCCUGGCGAUAGUGGACGACCAGAGUGUAGCAGAAACUCCACAAACGAGAAUGGAGCGAAUUUGACAACCAUGAGGCCGGUUACAAGCACGACUACGACUAAGAUCACGAUCGCGAGUGAAUUACCGCCAACAUCUUUACAAACUACUACCAUAAGAUCACCAACGACUAGCCAAUCUUCUGAAACAAGUGGAAAACCAGGAAACGACCAGAGUCGAGGAAAAUGUGUCCAAGAAGGAUACUUCGCUGAUCCGAAUGACUGCAAGAAAUUCUACAGAUGCGUUGACGAAGGUUCUGGAAAAUUUGUAAAGUACGAAUUCGAGUGUGGAGUUGGUACUGUCUGGGAUUCAGAUAUUGAAGGCUGUAAUCAUCCUUGGGCAGUAUCACGAGAAGAUUGUAAAGAAGGCACAGGAAGUGGUGUAGCUACUACAGGAGAUACCGCGGGAUCUCCGGGUACAGGAACUACAUCUGCAACGCCUGAAUACCCUGGCACUUCUGGAUCUCCUGGUACAUCUGGAUCAUCUGGAACUCCAGGAACUCCUGGAACAUCUGGAUCUCCUGGUACUCCGGGAACACCUGGAUCUCCUGGUACACCGGGUACCCCUGGAUCUCCUGGUAUUUCUGCAACUCCUGGUACAUCGGGAACACCUGGAUCUCCUGGUACACCGGGAACGCCUGGAACUUCUGGCACUCCUGGAUCUCCUGGUACAUCUGGAACGCCUGGAACUUCUGAUACUUCGGGCACUCCUGGAUCUCCUGGUAUUUCUGCAUCUCCUGGUACUCCGGGAACACCUGGAUCUCCUGGCACUCCUGGUACUCCUGGUACAUCGGGAACACCUGAAACUUCUGGUACUUCGGGGACAUCUGGUUCUCCUGGCACUCCUGGUAGUCCUGGUACACCGGGAACCCCUGGAACAUCUGGUACUCCAGCAGCACCUGGAUCUCCUGGUACUCCAGCUACUUCUGGGACACCGGGAAUCCCUGGAACUACUGGUACUUCGGGAACACCUGGAUCUCCUGGCACUCCUGGUACUCCUGGUACACCGGGAACUCCUGGAACGUCUGGUACUUCGGGAACACCUGGAUCUCCUGGUAUUCCUGGUACUCCUGGUAGUCCUGGGACACCGGGAACCCCUGGAACCUCUGGUACUUCGGGAACACCUGGUUUUCCUGGUACUCCUGGGUCACCGGGAACUCCUGGUACUCCUGGGACACCGGGAACCCCUGGAACAUCUGGUACUCCGGGAACACCUGGAUCUCCUGGUACUCCAGGAACUCCUGGGAUACCGGGAACCCCUGGAACAUCUGGUACUCCGGGAACACCUGGAUCUCCUGGUACUCCGGGCACACCGGGAACUCCUGGAUCUUCCGGUACUCCAAGCAUACCGGGAACUUCUGAUAAUUCAGAAACAUCAGGUAUGUCUAACACUUUAGAAACAUCUGACAGCGCACAUACACCUGGAUCUCCUGGUAUAACUGGCAUUUCUGGCACAGCAACUAGUUCAGGAAUCUCUGGCACAUCAGAAAAUUAUGAUACUUCUGCUACAACUAGCAUUUCUGCUAUUCCUGGUAAACCUGGUACAUCUGGCACAUCUGGUACACCUGGCACACCUGUUAGACCUAGCACUUCAGAAAUUCUUGGCACGUCCGACAGUUCUCUUACUCCUUGCAGUUCCGACACAUCUGACACAUCAAGCAUACCAAGCAUGCCUAGCAACCCAGCAGCACUUGCAACUCCGAAUUUACCAGAAAUCCCUGACACUUCUGGCACUCCAGAUGAUCCAAGCACAUCUAGAAUUCUGAGAACACCAAGUAAUCCAGCAACUCCUGAUACUCCUGAUAUCUCUCGUAGUUCUGUCAUUCCAGGUACAUUUGCCAAACUUGGCUCUCGUGGCAUUUCUUCUACAUCUAGCAUUCCCACUAUAACAAGUAUCCCAAUACACUCAGGUACUUCAGGAACAGGAAAUUCCAAUAAUCCUGAUACCUCUGGCACUCAUGCAGCUCCUGACACUGAUAGUCGCACAUCUGACACUACAAGUACAUCCAGCAGCUCCAGUAUGUCAUCAAGCUCGGACACACCUAGUUCUCCUGAAACAUCAGUGAAUCCUGCCACCUCUGGAAACGUUACUGUCUCUGGCAUCACUGAUAUUCCUAGUCUUACACACAUUCUUCAGAUUAAUGACACAACUGGCUCUGCCGAUGCUAAUGAGACAUUAAGCAGUUCCAGUAAACCGAUUAUUCCAAAAACAUCUGGUAUCUUUGUAACAUUGGAAUAUACUCCCAUUCCUAGUACUUCUGGCAACGUUACUGUCACUGAUAUCCUCAGCCUUAUUCACGCUCCAAAAAUUAAUGGCACAACUGGUUGCUCUGAGACUAAUGAGACAAGUAGUUCAAGUAAAACAAUUAUCCCAGAAACAUCUGGUAGUCUUGAAACAUCGGAACAUUCUGCCACUUCUGGUACCUCUCGCAACGUUUCCGGUUUCCCUGAUGAAUACACUCUUCCUUACACUUCUGAUGUUCCCCACACUCCCAAUAUAACUGCCUUGCCCGAUAAACCAACAACUGAUACUCUUAGAUUAUCGGAGCAUAAGCCUGAUGUUUCUGUUAUUCUUGCUAAUAGGACUAUCCUGAGUGAGCUUCCCAACACUCCAACCCAUACGCCUCCCACUCCUGAUAUUCCGGACAUGACUGUCUCUUAUGGCGCUAAUUAUACAUCAACCAAUUUCAGUAUCCCAACUUAUUCGGGCACACCUAAUGCUUCUGACACACCAGUAAAUCCUGACAGUCCUGGUAGCUUUGGCAGAACUCCUACCACUGCUGCUCCUGGUACUUCUGAUGCACCUGGCCCUGCAACUGUUACCCGUAGCACAUCUGGCUCUUCUAAUAUUACUCGUGUUCGUAGCACAUCUGGCUCUUUUGACACUACUACUACACGCCGUAGUUCCCGUACAUCAACAAAGCUGCACAGAUCUAGUACUCGUAAAAUAUCAACAAAGCCUGCCACUCCUGGUACUUCUGAAAACGUUGUUGUCUCUGAGAUCACUGGUAUUCCCAGUCUUACACACACUCCUCAGAUUAAUGACACAACUGGCUCCUCUGAGGCUAAUGGUACAUCAAGUAGUUCCAAGAAACCAACCAUCCCAGAAACGUCUGAUACUUUUGGAACAUCGCAACAUACAGCCACUACUGGUACCUCUCGCAACGUUUCCGAUUUCCCCGAUGAAUACACUCUUCCUUACACUCCUGAUGCUCCCCUUACUCCCCGCACUCCCAAUAUAACUUCCGACACUAACGAUACAUACAGCGACGGAAUUAUCCCAAUACCAGCUGGAGUAUUGGGAUAUCCUGUUACUUCUGAUAGCCCUGUUACCGCUCCCCUCUCUAUCAUCACUGAUUUUCCCAGCCUUCCAAACACUCCAACCCAUACACCUCCCCCUCUUGAUAUUCCGGGCAUGGCUGUCUUUCAUGGCGCUAAUUAUACAUCAACCAAUUUCAGUAUCCCAACCUGUUCGGGCACACCUAGUGCUUCUAACACACCAGUAAAUCCUGACAGUCCUGGUAGCUUUGGCAGCUCUCCUAUUUCUACCGCUCCUAGUACUUCUGAUGCACCUGACCGUGCAACUGGUACUCGCAGCACAUCUGGUUCUUUUGACACAACUGGAACACACCGCAGUUCCAGUACAUCGACAAGGCCGCACACACCUGGUGCUUCUGAAACAUUAAUAAAUUCUCCCACUCUUAGUACCUCUGGCAACGCUGCUAUCUCUGGCAUCACUGAUUUUUACAUUCUUCCUCACACUCUUGAUGUUCCGACUACUCUUUGCAUUCCUGAUAUAUCAAGCCGUUCCAGUGCACCUGGUAUUCCUGGAAUAUCGAAGAACACUGCUUCUCCUGGUACCUCUGCUGCUCCUAGUCUUCCUGUUACUAUUGAUGUAUCUGAGCCACCUGACAUUUCUGAUAUCUCUCGCUCUCCUUCUAUUUCUGGUGCUCUUGGUAAUUCUGAUGCUUCUGCCACUGCUGAUACUCGUAGCACAGCUGACUCUUCUGAUACUUCUGUUAUAUAUAGCAGUUCCAGUACGCUAACCAACUGGCAUGUAUCUGAUGCUCUUGAAACAUCAGUAAAUCCUGCUACUCCUAGUACCUCUGACAUUCCUGAUAUUCCUAGCACAUCUAUCUCUUUUAUUACUGGUACAUCCAUUGGCUACAAUUCACCAACUAUCCCACUAUCUGGUACUCCUGGAACAUCAAGACAUCCUGCUAUUCCCGAUGCCUCUCUUACUUCUGGUGCCUCUGACGGUCCUGGUUAUUCUGAUAUUUUUAGCACUCCUAAUAUUUCUUUACCACCUGUCUCUUUUGACACUUCUGGUAUAUCUCUUAAUCCUACUACAUCGUCUAUUUCAAUAAUCGAUGCUACUUCUGUUACCACUAUUAGUUCUGGUAUACCUAAUACUAUUGUUUCUAGCACACUUGGCUGUCCUGCCACUCCUGGCAUUUCCAGCAGUCCAAUUACGCCAACUAUCCCGGGAACCUUUGAUAGCUUUGGAAUAUCAGAAAAUAGUGUCGGUAUCUUUAGUUCUUCUGGUACUCCUAGUAUUCCUGGUACUCAUUGUGUUUCUGGCACACCUGAUUCUCCUAACUCUCCUGAUACAUGCAGCAGAUUUAUUACUCCAAGUAGCCCAAGAACUUUUGAAGUAUCAGAAAAUCCUGGUACUGCCGGUACUUCUAGUUCUUCUGGUACUCCCAGUACUCCUGGCACUCCUUGUGUUUCUGGCACACCUGACUCUCCUGGUACAUCUAGCAGUUUUAUUACUCCAAGUAGCCCAAGAACCUCUGAAAUAUCAGAAACUCCUGGUACUGCCGGUACCUCUAGUUCUUCUGGUACUCCUAGUACUCCCGGCACUCCUUGUGUUUCUGGCACACCUGACUCUCCUGGCUCUCCUGAUACAUCUAGCAGUUUUAUUCCUCCAAGUAGCCCAAGAACCUCUGAAACAUCAGAAAGUCCUGGUACUGCCGGUACCUCUAGUUCUUCUGAUACUCCCAGUACUCCUGGCACUCCUUGUGUUUCUGGCACACCUGAUUCUCCUGGCUCACCUGGUACAUCUAGCAGUUUUAUUACUCCGAGUAGCCCAAGAACCUCUGGAACAUCAGAAAGUCCUGGUACUGCCGGUACCUCUAGUUCUUCCGGUACUCCUAGUACUCCUGGCACUCCUUGUGUUUCAGGCACACCUGGUACUCCUGGCAUUCCUGCGUCUAGUAGUCUUAUCUCAUCAAAUAACCCUGUAAUCGACGAUACUGCUGGAACAUCAGAAUAUUCUAAUAGUUCCGAUAUCCCUAGCAUUCCUGAUAUUUCUGGCACAUCCGGCUUUCCUGGCACUUCUGAUAUAUCUAGCAAUUCCACUACACCAUGCAGUCCAGGUGCCUUUGGUACUCCUGGAAAUCCCGGUAUUCCUGGUUGUUCUGCUAUUGCUUCUGAUGGUUCUGGUACUCCUAAUUUUUCUGACACUUCUAUCACGUCUGGCACUUCUGGCAUAUCAGCCAUUCCAGAAACUCUUGAUACACCGGACACUUCUGGCACUCCUGGCAUUUCAGAAACUUCCGGAACACCUAAUACUUCUGGAGCACCUGGCACUUCUGGCACAGCAGAAACUCCUGGUACUUCUGAAGAAUCAGAUAUUGUUGAUACUACAAAUAUUAUUAGUAAUCAUGUGACUUCUACAUAUAUAAGACUUCUGGAUCUCAUAGAUCCUUCAGAAAAAUUAGCAGAAACUACUGAUUCAACAAAGCCAACUUCAGCGCCAGGCUCUUGUACUAAAGAAGGGUUCUUCCCUGAUCCUGACGACUGUCGCAAAUUCUAUCGCUGUGUCGGUAGUGGAUCAACAUUUAUCAAAUAUGAAUUC